CAUGUUAAUGUGUAUGUGUGUGUGUGUGUGUGUUUAGGAAAGGAGAGCGCGUGUCAGCAGUGUGUGUGUACAGCCUGGCUGACAUCACCAAGGUGUUUGCGACGGGAGGCUUCAGAGAUAUGAAGAGGAACUGUGUGAACAGUGGCAGCUCUGAGUCUGUACCCGACCCCCGACCUGGACAGUGUGUCAACGAUGUCCUGAGAGCCCGGGGUUACAACUCCUCCUUCGACAUGCCCGACCGCGUGCUGCAGUUUGCCAAGGAACAUCCUCUGUUGACGAACACUGUGGACGCAGCGCCCCUCCUGGUGAGGAGGGGAACCACAUACACCAGGAUCACAGCCACCAACAUCUCCAAUAGUGAUGCUGCCCUACUACAUCUGGGAACAGAUCAGGGGGAGUUACACAGUGUGUCUAUUGUUGGUCGUACUGCUACUCUGCUGCAGGAGAUCCCUCUGACAACCUCAGUAGAGCCCGUCAACAACAUCCUCAUACACCAGGGCCAUGUGGUGGUGGGCUCCCCCUCCUCUCUGUCCCGUGUGCCAGUAGAGGGGUGCAGGGUGUACUCCAGCUGUCAGGUGUGUGCCCGGGCAGCAGGACUAGGUUGUGUGUGGGACCUCAACACGAGAGCCUGUGUUGCGGAAUCUCCAGUGCAGAGGGAGUCAGAGGACCCUUUGAAGGUGUGUGGCACUGGAGAGGGUCGUUGUUCCCCUGUGGUGAAGGAGCUGCGUGUGAAGAUGGGCCUGUUGGUCCUCCUCCCCUGUGAUCACCCCCAUCUCUCCCCUCUCCCCUGCGUCUGGGAGCACCCCCAGGACCGCCACACCCAGCAGCACCACUCCCACCUGGAGGUCACCGUCUCCGGAUCCAGCCUGGGCCUCUACUCCUGCCGCUGCUCAGUCCAGGGUGAUUAUUCCUGGGGUAGCGAACCCUGCCUCACAGCCUCCUACCAGCUCAUCAUGGAGGACCUCAGUGUCGAAGGCAGGGUGGACCCGGGGCUGUCGAGAUCACCGGUAUGGGUGUACAUCUCCUAUGUCCUGCUGGGGGUGCUGGUUGGAGCUUUAGGAGCCACUGUGUUCCUGAAGAGGCUGUGCUGGAGAGCAGCCCAGCACAUCCCAUUAGAGGACAGAAAUGGGGGGGGAGCCAAUCAAGGACAGCAGGGGCGGGGCCCCACCUGCUAUGAGAAUAAGCUGGUGAUGGGUGACACGUCGGGCGGCCAAUCGGGAGAGGGCGUUUUGUGAAGAGAUGUCCAGAAUUGACUUAAUUGAAGGGAGUGUUUUGCCAGAUGCGGCUUAGAGACUCUCUCUGAGGCUUUCUUUCUGUGUCUCUGUCUCUGCUUCUCUGUAACCAGGUUUCCAUCCAACCUUUUUAUGUGAGUAAAACAUGUCACGACAGGCCUGAUGGAAACAGCACAUUUUUGGGUAAACUUUCAAUGUCGACAAAACAAAAUACGCUUGACAAGGUGGGAUCGUUUUGUGUCUGUAAAGUGAAUUAUGUGAGAAACGGCGGUGGAAACACCACCUUUAUAGGCAGAUAUUGAUGUGAUAACCAUCAUAUCGAUGCAGUGACAUGUUGUGUGGUCCUCACACUACUACUCAGGCAAGCAUGCAGUUUAUUAGCCUACAGAUGAAAUAAGUAAUGAUGAGCUUGAUGCUCCUUUCCAAUAAAUAUCCAGGGUCCUAUUCUGGUGACA